AUGGAUUCUGAAUUACAGGGGAAGUACUAUGCGGUCGGCCUGUGGAGCUAUUGCAAUGGCAAGCUAGGUGCCCAGGAUUUCGCAAACUACUCAGCGCCUAGUGCUUCCUUUUCCUUCGACUUGGUCGACCUUCUUUCCAGUCAGCUGGGCCAGGCGAACGGAGUAUUAGCAGACUGGACGCAGCCAGUCCUGAAGGACUAUCGCCGGGUGUCGCAUUGGACCGUGGCCGCCUACAUGAUGGCGUUCAUUGCCACAUUUAUUGCUGUUAUCGCCGGUCUGCUCAGGUUCCCAUUAGCAAUGCUAGUCACCAUGAUCUCUUCUGCGGUAAGCAAACAAGAGAAACAUUAG